ACAGUUGCUCGGUGACAAACAUACACACAAAUGCUUUUGGUAUGUAAAUGAAACAGUUCUGUCUGUAACUACCCUUCGUCUGGUUGGCAGGGUGGAAACAGUCUUAGCAGGAGAGUGUAAGAUUGAGAAUCGGCGUCCCUUAGCAUCGUAUUGGCGGAGAUAUCAGGUAAGAAACAAUGCCGAAGAAGGCUAGAAAAAAGUCAGCAAAGAUGGCAAACAUGACUGAGGAGGAGCGGCUGUUGUACCUUCAGCAGAAGAUGCUGGCAGAGGAGGAGCUUAACAAAAAGAAAGAGGAUAUGCUAUGCCAGUUUUUGAAGGAUAAAUUGUCCAAAGAAGAGAAGAACAGCAACAUCAACAUGAACAAGAUCACUCAGCAGUGGCGAACUAUCAUGAGGGGCCUGAAGGCCAAGGAGCUACGUAAAGACAUUGACAUCCUCAGCCAGACAUUUGAAAGGGUUGUUGAUCGUAAAGACAGUGUCAUUAAGUCUUUAGCAAAAGACAUAGAGGAAGCUGAGGAGCAAUACUGCCACAACCUGCGUGCCCACCUACAGAAUGGAGACAAGUUAGUGAGCCUGCAGCAUGACAGGCUCCAAGCCCUGUGGGAGGAGUAUGAGGCAGGCCUGGAAGCACUUAAGGAAGAAUUUGACAGUGAGAGACAGUUGAUAACUGAGCAGCAUCAGCAAGAGGUAUGCCAGCUGCAGGAUAUACUGUAUGCUAUCGAAGAGAACUACAGUGAAUAUGAAGCUGAAGCCAAACAGGAGUUCCAGAGCAUGAGUGAUGAAAUCAAAAACAAGAAUCUGGAGGAAAAACAUGCUUUGCGCAUCCAGCUAGAGGGUACAGUUGAAGACCUCUGGCGACAGUUUCAACAAGCACUGAAAAACUAUAAUGAUGCAACCUCAGAGCGAAAGACUGCCUUUGAAGCACUGAAGGCACGGGAUGAGAAGAGUGCCAAAGAGAUUGAGAUGCAAAUGAAGAAACUGCAAAAGAUUCAGGAUUCUAUUACUGCUGUAAAAUCCAAAAUGGUGGUCCAUGCAAGAGAUAAAGAAGAGCGCAACAAGAAACUUCGCGAAGAGAAGGAGAUAAUUCAUAAAUAUUUUCAGAAGCUGAAAAGUCAGAUGAAUCUUGCCAGGAAUCAAGAGCGUCAACGACUUGCCAAAUUGACACUGGAGAGCAAUGCAGCAAUCAAGAAACUGCAAAGUGUCCUUGAAAAGGGAGAGCAUAUCUUGAGGUUGGCAGAAAUGUGUCGGAAACUGGAAACUGAGGAAGAGAAGGUACUGCCUUUUUAUGCCUCCUCUCUCACAUUAGAGGAACAGGAUGCAGUCAAGGAAGCCAAUGAAGAGCAACCUACAGAGCAGUUUUCUCGGCUCAUGCAAGACUACACAGCUCUGGAAAACUUCUGGAAGAGGUACAAUAAAGUACUCCUUGAUAAACUGGCACUUGAUCGUGAAAAGGCAGUCCUCUCACAGCAGAAUCAGCAGCUGCGAGUUCUUCUCAAGCAGUACUUGGAUGGAAUCUCAGUCAACCAGGAAGUGCUAUCUCAGCUGAACCCAUUGCUUAUUGUCAACAACAAGAGCAAUGUGAAAAUGAACAUACCUGUGGUGGACAGUCGAGUGAAAAGGCCUGUGCAAACAGUUAUUGAGGCUUCACAUAUGACAAGACACAAAGUGUAGCACAAGAACUUGCAGUUUGAAUUAAAGAUAUUUGCCUGUGUAA